UCAGUCGCGUUUGUUCCUGUAGUAGUAUUAGGAGUCUCGCAGUAGCUUUAGUUGCGGUUAGUUGUUUCAUGGCUGCUUAGUGUGAUUGUAAGUGAUUCAACUUUGAAUGUGCAUUUAGGCUGCGUUAUUUGUUUUAUUAAGAUGAAUGUGUAAGUGUUAUAAGAUAUUAUGAUGCAGUCCAUUGUGUGGACUGGGAGGCUGUUGUCUCGUGCAUUGUGGAAUGGUUUGUCCAGUUACUCAAAUUGUGCUGAACCGAACUUAAAUAGAAGACAUGAAUCGCGCAUUGUGUCUGCAGUAUGUGGAUUUCCGAAAGAACUAGCAUAUACAAAAUUUAGAAAAGGACAAUUUGGAGAUGAUGCGUGGUUUAUGGCGAAAUACAAGUCUGCAGAUGUCAUUGGGGUGGCGGACGGCGUGGGCGGUUGGCGCCACUACGGCAUCGACCCGGGCGAGUUCUCGUCCUUCCUGAUGCGCACGUGCGAGCGCCUGGUGAGCAGCGGCCGCUUCGCCUCCACGGAGCCCGCGCGCCUGCUCGCCCGCUCCUACCGCGAGCUGCUCGAGAACAAGCAGCCCAUCCUCGGCAGCAGCACUGCUUGUGUUAUCAUACUAAACCGAGAAACAAACAUGGUGCACACUGCCAACAUUGGUGACAGUGGAUUUGUGAUUGUCCGACAUGGGGAAGUGGUGCAUCGCUCAGAAGAACAGCAGCACUAUUUCAACACCCCUUUCCAGCUCUCAUUACCGCCUCCAGGUCACAGUGGGCUGGUGCUAAGUGACAGACCCGAGUCAGCUGACACAACAAACUUCCAGGUGGAGGAUGGAGAUGUCAUCCUAUUGGCUACUGAUGGUGUGUUUGAUAAUGUGCCUGACCAUCUCCUCCUCAGCGAGUUGACCAAAGUGCAGGGAGAGCGAGAUCCAAUCAAGAUCCAAGGAGUGGCCAAUUCCAUUGCCCUAAUGGCCCGCAGCCUUGCUUUUGACAGCAACUUUCUGUCUCCAUUUGCUGAAAGUGCUCGUGAAAAUGGCAUUGAUGCUAUUGGUGGAAAACCAGACGACAUUACAGUUCUUCUAGCCACAGUGGCAAUAUGAAGAAUUUUUUGAAAAUAGUUCACCGCCAUUCUUUUGUAUUAUAUUUUCAUUCUCAUUUUCAUUGUUACUUUAGUAUUUAAAAGAACUCCUGAUGUACACAGGCAAGAGGUAUUGCACAUGCAAGAGCGUCUCCAACAAUGCUGUGUUUAGUGAGGAACUCUUUAAGUGGAGCUUGUUAUUAAGUUAUUAAGGAUUCUGAAUUAGUAAUUGGGAAUGAUUAGAAUUGAUGAACAUUAUCUUGGAGAUAGAAGUGAAAUGGCAAAUUUGCAAUACAAUUUGCUUUAGCAGCCUUGUUAAUGUGAUAAGUAGGCUUCUGAAUUUUGCGAAGCAUAAGAGAGGAGACCUUUUGGAAACUUUGAAAUGAGAUUAUUCUUUUUAUGUUAGGUGAGAAUGCCGAUCAACUUUGCUCACAGAGUUACGUCAUCUGAACAUCAUCAUACACCAUCUGCUUUCAUAUAUGUGCAAUCUGUCUUAUGAUUUUCCAUUUUCUUUUUCUGUGAUCUGAACAUAAUAAUGGUUGUUGUGAAACUUCACUAAAUAUAAGCCAAGAAAACAGCGGAACUGGUUGAUUGGUGCUAUAAUGUUAUGUAUUAACAUAUAUAGUAUUUAUGUAAUGUGUCUCUGCUUUCACUUGUGCACAGGGUGAUGCCAAUGUGGUUGCAGAGUUUUAAGAAUAUAUUGUUAUGACAUUGUUCAAAUGUUGAUGGCAAGUUAGAAAGGUGUGUCUGAUGGUGUAUGCAUUUAAAGAGUGGAUUUGGAGAGAGUAUAAAAAAUCCUUACUGAGAAAGCAAUGGUGUAGAUGUGUUGAAAGUUAGAACUGUGUAGUGAGGGAAUGUUGUGCUAUGUUUAGUUUUUUGUUCAUUUGUGUUUUUUAGACUUCCUGGUAGUAUGUUAUAUGUCUAUGUAGUGUGUAACGUGGCCUAAAGUCAAGUACUGUGUUGUGUCAUCUUUGUCAUGUGCUACUUCCGAUACUGAAGGCCAAGUUAAAAUAGGAAUAGUUUAGAACAUCCAAACAAGUUCGAAAACCAGUUCAUGCCGCUUUUGUGUAACGAAAAUCUAAAUAAAAAUAGUAAAUGAAAAAUAAAUUUAAAAAAAAUAAUGGAAGAUAAACAUAUGGGUCUCUUUAAUCACUACGGAACAAGCAAUAAAGUUAUUUCUCUCUUCAGUAAGUUAAUCACAAUCGCAACAAAGGUUUUAUUAUUUCAUUGUAUUUGCACAUAGAAAGUUAAGAAAAUACAAUUUCAGUGAAUAAUUUUUUUCAGAAUAUAGUCUACCAUAGAGACAAGAUUAGUAUUAUCAUUAUGUUUCCUAAAAUUGAAUAAGUUAAAGAUUAGUAUUUAAUUUCAAUAGUCAUUCAACAUAAGCCCAUAAAUCUGAUAAUCUCUGACUGAAACUGCAGUGUAAACUUGAGCAAAGUAUAUAAGUUCACGAUGUUUUGAUUCAUUGACAGACCAGGCUGGUUUGAUUUGUUUCUUCUAUGUUUUCUACUAGCUUUUAAUUUCGGCAGGAAACUGGUUUUUGAAAUUCUUUUGCAAAUAAUUAACUGGAUUUAGUUUGGAUGCCCUAGAAUAAAUGUUGUAGUAGAUGGUUUUGUAGGCUCUGCCUAGUCAAGAAGGUAGUAAAUUGUGUGUCAUUACCUGUGAAGUAAGGAAAAUGCAUGUUGCUAGAAUGAGAUAUCUUUGGAUAUGGCUGGGAUAAUGCAUGAUUGCAGGGAAACUUGUUAUUGUACAAUGCAAAGUACAUAAAACUUGUUUGUAGUGUUGACUAGCGUCAGUGUUGCAAACUUGCCUGUUGAAAUGCAUUUUUAUGGUAAAAUAUACCAAUAAAGAAAACAAUGGUGUUCUUA